UAAGUGGGUUGGUUGUUGCAGACUUGACCCGUUUGAGCGGGUCAAAAACUAUCCUUAUCAUCCAAAAGUUGUUUCCAGUCAAAACAAUUUAUUGUAUUUAUCACUCAUUCUCAUUCUCUCCUGUAAUCCGCCCAAUUCAUGGUCAUCACCGCCACCAUCAUCGUCAUCAUCUAGAAUACAACUGAUUUUUGCGUCCAAGAUUCUGUGUAAUACCUGUCACCAGUGAGGAGCAAUGUCGAGUGGCGGAAAUACUCAUUGGUGCUACCAAUGCCAGCGGCCAGUCCGGCUUCGCGGUCACAAUCCCGUUUGUCCAUACUGUUCUGGGGGAUUUGUGCAAGAACUAAGUGAGGUGGUCGAGUCUGGACAACAAGACAUCGGGCCCACUCACACACACGGGCCUUACGAUUAUGGGUACAUGGAACCGUUCCCGGUCCCAAGAAACAGAAUGAUGGACGUUUUUUCCGAGUUAGUAAGGCAAAGAAUGGCGGGAAGAAAUCCCAACUUCGAGAUCAGAAGAAGAUCAGGGCUUGUCCCUGAACACGGUGUGGUUCCGUGGUUCAUAUUUGACGGUCAAGCCCCGGCUCGGAUGUCUGCCAAUGACGGAUUCGAGUUUUUCUUCAACGGUGCACCACCGGGUCCAAGACGGUCUAAUGUGAGUAAUAUCUUUAUGGGUCCCGGGUUACAGGAACUAAUCGAACAACUUACGGUGAACGAUGGUAGACAGGGCCCGCCGCCAGCAUCCCGAUCAGCGAUUGAUUCUAUGCCCACUAUUAAGAUUACAAACAGACACUUGAACUCGGAUUCUCACUGCCCGGUCUGUCAAGAUAAGUUCGAGUUGGGAUCAGAGGCUAGACAAAUGCCGUGCAACCACAUCUACCAUUCGGGUUGCAUCGAGCCGUGGUUGGUUCAGCAUAAUUCUUGCCCCGUGUGUCGAGUGGAGCUGCCGGCUCAUGGUACAAGUAGGGGAAGCAGCAGUGGUGGUGGUGAAGAGGACGGUGGAAAUAGUCGGGGAAGGCGGAACCCGCUAUCGUUUUUGUGGCCUUUUCACUAGUGAACUGAAACAAGCAAUGAGUAUUGUUUCUGUUGGUUAUUCCUUUAUCUCUGUUGCCCCUAUCAUUGAAAAUUGAAUCCUGGAAGUUGGUUUGGGUUUGGGUUUGGGUUUGGGUUUGGAUAUUUGUAUGUUGAUAUAUAUAAAAUGUUGAUGCUGAUUACAUGUAAA